CUUAUCUUUCAACAAUCUUAUUAUACUAUGCAGCGAAUGACAGCAACUGAAGAUUUGACGAGUGUCGAAUGGCGUGACACAAAUUGGUUAGAGAGAGUGGGAGGAUUCCAAAAUCAACAAAUGGUGCUCGAUUAUUUCGCACUUUCGCCAUUUUGGGAUCGUCAAUGUAAUAAUCAGGUGUUAUCCAUGCAAACGCAAUAUAAUGAUUUGAGACAGCCAUACGAAGCUACAGUAGAAGCACUUCGUAAAAUGACAGGUAUCGAAUUUGCCGUAGUUCAUGAACAGCCACCUGUUUGGAUUAUUCAGAAAAGAUACCGACGUGGACCUGCACCGGACGAUGUCAAUCCGAUUGCAACAUAUUACAUUAUGGGAGCCAACGUAUAUCAAUCACCAACUAUUUAUUCUGUUAUUGCUAAUCGUUUGGUACAGUCAGGAACUUAAACUUUCCAUUUGAUAUUUAUACUAUUUUUCUAUAGUUGACAAGUUUGUUUCAUGUAAAUAGUGCAUUCAAAGAAACGCAGGAUAUGAUGGAAUUUUAUCCUUCAAAAGGAUAUACAUGGAAGACAGCACCCGAUCCAUCAGCCUCAGCCAAAAAAGAUAAAACUACAGUCAACAUGGCGAAAAGCGUAUUGCGUGCACAAGAAACACAGGCAUUUAGACAUUGGAUGGAUAGAGCAAUAGAGAGUUCAUCUGCGAAGGUCAUACAGGCCCGACAAGCAAUUGAUGCGCCGGAGAGCGAGGAAAUUGCUAAACCAACAAGCAUAGAAUUAUCACCAACACAAACUCGAGAGGAUAUUGCAGGAAAAAGGCCUAGAAAGAAGUUGGAUGAAGGUGGUAAUCGUAAAAAGAAGUCUGUUAAAUAAUAAAAU